AUGGAGGCGACUUCAAGAUACAGGGACCCCGCCGGGCUCCCGAGCAUCCUUAUAGAUUCCUCGAACCCCAGGACAUCGGACCGGUCGGAUCCUUUCAACAUGUAUUCCUCCUCAGUCGCCCUCUCCAUUCCUGGCUCGGACAGAAUCACCAACGCUGCCCCUCCACCUCUACCUCCACCUCCAUUCCCGUUUGGUCAAGGUUCCAUGCAUCAUUCUCAUGAACCCAGGCAAUAUCACCGUGAUCCCUCGUCGUACAGCCCGAGGGAACACACCUACCACGACAGCAUAGGAAGCUUGGAUGACAGGCCGGAUUACAAAAGAGCCGCCUACAGGCAUGAGAGAGAUGAAGGAUAUGCCAGCAUGGGCUCGGCUUCGGCCUCGACGAGAUCCGAAUGCUCUCUGCCGAGCAUCUCGGCCGGCUUCGGCUCACACCAUGACAGGUUCCAAUUCCAGUCCAGCGCUGAUGCACUCACCGAUAUGAAGAAGAAGUUGGACCCGUCCAAAACGUUCGACAACAAGCCGGCCAUCUCCCUUCUGAGCGCCUCGAGCGCUUCCGCCCUUGACCCCUUGAGGAGAUUGUCUGGCGACCAACGCAUGCCUCCGCAUCUUGGGCAUGCGACUUUGCCUCUGCACCUGAAAACGUCAAACCUGGCGGAAUCGCCCGACAGAUUCACCCAGACACCACUUUCGGCUUUGUCGCCAUCCCCAGGAAGCUUCCAUCUGGGGCAUGAUCAUAGACCGCCGCGCUCCGUCUCGGACCUGGACCGGUCGCCGCCCAUGCGUUCGAGAAGGAACAACAGCGACGAUGCAUCUUCGUACGGAUACGACGCGGAGGACAUGGAAAUCGAGGAGACGAACUCAAUGAAGAGGUUGCGUAUCGAGGAUCCCAUGCGAGCCCACUACGACGGUGUUGGAACGAAGCGGCGUGCCUCCGCCGACCCGGAUGAUAGCGUUCCCCUUGGUUUCACAACCCAAGGCGACUUGCUGCGUCGCCGUGAUGGAAACCAGAGGGCCUCCCCGACGCCUCGUCUGAGCGUCAUUCCUCAGGGCUCUGUUUCUUCCAUCUCUUCGGGAGGGCGCGCAGGCUCGUACAGCUCCAACCUGUCCCUGCUGACCGGCAGCAUUGCCAGCAUCAGUCCGUCUUACGGUCGAGUGUCUCCCGGCGGUCUUUCCCCAGGAGGCAUCUCGCCCGGCGGCACCGAUCCCAGUUGCAGUUCGCCGUACAGCGCCUCCAUGUCGCUGAACCCUUCGCCACGCGGUUCUCUUUCUCGCGCACCCCACCAGCGGACCAUCAGCGAAAGCCGGCCUCUCGCUUCCCCGCGCAAACUUGCUGAGGUCAGCAAGCCGGUCGGCACCAAAAUCUCGGGUUUCUUCAUGUGCGAUUGCUGUCCCAAGAAACCCAAGAAAUUUGAGACGGCCGAGGAGCUAGCGGCCCACGAGGCAGAGAAGCAAUAUGAAUGCUCGUUCUGCGGCAACAGGUUCAAGAACAAGAACGAGGCGGAGCGCCAUCAGAACAGUCUUCACGUUCGCAGACACAGCUGGAGCUGUUCGGCUCUGAGCCACUACGACCGAGCAUUCCACGACAGCACCAACCGGCCCGGCGAGGCAGACACUUGUGGUUACUGUGGCGAGGAGUUUCCCCGGAACGGUCGAGGCCCCGGUGCUUCGGCGCCGCGUCACGCCACGGAUCAAGACUGGGAGGAGCGCAUCCGUCACCUCCAGGAAGUGCACAAGUUUCGGGAGUGCAACAGCAGCAAGAAGUUCUUCCGCGCGGAUCAUUUCCGACAGCAUCUCAAGCACAGUCACGCUGGAACGAGCGGCAAAUGGACAAACAUGCUGGAGAACGCCUGCAUGUUGGACGAGGACCCGACCCCGCGGUGA